AAAUAAUAUAUAUGCAAAUCUUGUUACCUGUUUUAUUUUGAGAAACUGCAACUCAUUUUAAAUUGCGUAAAAUUUUUGUAAUCGUCGCAUGUACAUACACUCUGUUAGAAAUUAUAUUCCUUGUUCAUAAAACAAUGACAUUUUUAUUUUAAUCCGUUUUCUCCUGAUUUUCUGUUUUCCACGAUUACAUAAAAAGUGCAAUCGGAUGUAUUGUUGAUUGUAUCUGUAUUCUUGAUUGUUAUCUCCUAUUGUCGAUAUCUCUGAUAAUAGCUAUCAGAUCAUUCGAAUGCACUUAAUGCAAGCUCAUACAAUAUUCGUCCAUAAUGACGCAAUAAUUGAACUCGUUAAACAACGAACGAUCGUUUUGAUCUGACAACAAAUUCGAGUUUCGACGACAAUUAACUUAAAAUCUUUAAUUACGUAAUCAACGUUCAUGGCAAUAAGAUACAUUGCCACAUCAUUCAUUACCCUACGUUUUCUGAAAGUCAUCGUGUAAUCGUACAUAGAAAGAUUUAAUUAUUUUGUUUUUCACAACACGGAGAAACUCCGAAGUUCGAGGGGAAUAUAAUGCAUAAAAAAUAAGGGAGGAUUAACGAACUAAGGGUUUAUCAAGGAAAUUGAAAGAUGAGUCAUUUAGAGAUCGUGCGCCCUAAACCGGGCAUCUUCAAGGAGGCUGCUAUCCAAAUAGGUGCCGGAGGCUGUGCAGGCUUCGUGGAAGCUUGCAUAAUGCAUCCGAUGGAUUUAAUUAAAACGCGUUUUCAGCUGCAAGUGAAAAUGGGGACGCAGGAUGCUCUUUAUUAUACAGGGAUCGGCGAUUGUAUGAGGAAAAUGUAUGUGAACGAAGGACUCGCCGCCUUUUGGAAAGGUAUAUUACCACCAGUUCUUAUGGAAACUCCUAAACGAGCUGUGAAAUUUUUCUCCUUUGAACAAUAUAAGAAGAUUUUUAACAAUCAAACGCCGAAAUCAACGGUUUACUUCUGCGCUGGAUUCUUAACCGGUGUUACCGAGGGGAUUAUCGUUAAUCCGUUCGAAGUGGUCAAAGUACAGAUGCAAUCGAACCGCAAGCACAUAAGCGCUAGUCCAUCGACGUUCGAAGUUACUCGACGCAUUAUAACCGAACAAGGUUUCGGGUUGAAGGGAAUUAACAAAGGUUUAUCUGCAACAGUAAUGAGGAACGGCGUUUUCAACUCGUUUUAUUUCGGCAUUUAUCACUCUAUCCUUCCUCUGUUACAAAACCAGAAAGAAUAUGUUCCGGAGCUUGUACUUAAGUUUGCUAUAGGUUUUAUAUCUGGGACAGUGGCAUCCUGUAUGAAUAUUCCUUUUGAUGUUGCCAAGAGUCGUAUUCAAGGCCCACAGGGAGCUCAGUAUAAGGGCACCCUCAGGACUAUUUACUUAGUGUAUCAUAGAGAAGGAUUCCAAGCUUUGUAUAAAGGGUUGCUACCAAAGGUAUUAAGAUUAGGGCCAGGAGGCGCGAUCAUGCUGAUCGUAUACGACAAAAUGAAAGCAUACCUCAAUAUGCAGUUCGGUGACUAAAAACCAUAACGAAACACAGUCUAGACUGAGCCGUGCAUUUUCGAUUAACAUUGCCAAAGAUUUGCUUAGAAUAAUACAUCCUCAGUAACCGUUUCCGUAUUUUUAUUAAUCUAUUAAUGUUUAGUUUCUCUGAGAUUUUAGGGUGAUCGUAAAAACGUGAUUUCUACCAAAAUAACAAUUUAUGUGAUUGAAGUAUACUGACUCGUUCAGUGUGUCUGACUUACAAUGAAACAACGUAUCAUACGUUUAUAUCAUUAAACGUUAGAUAUAUUUAUGUAAAAAAUUCGUUAACAAUAAAAAUAUUUGUUUAAUCAUCCAA